CAGUUUACUGUUUCAGGGCGGAGAGCGCUGAGAGUCGCACUUCCACCAGCAGCGUUUACACAGACUGAUCAGUACUAACCUCUCGCUCUCUCGCACACACACACGCGCAGGGCUGGGCUCACACUCAGCCGUCCUCGGAACUACAGCCGCCGGUACAUUUAGGAGUAUCAAGUGGUUUUAAUGUUCGCCGAAGCGAGCGGAACCUGCCACCAUGGGAUUGCCAUUACCAGCCAAUGUGCUGAAGUGAGCUGGAUUUUCCCUCCGGUUUAACCCCCACCCCUCCUCCAGGGGCCACUCCCCCCUCCAUCCCACCGGAGGACCAGCAAUCAUGGCGGGAAUCAAGCGCGGAUAUGACGGAAAAAUCGCUGGACUAUAUGACCUGGACAAGACGCUCGGCCGUGGCCAUUUCGCUGUGGUCAAACUAGCGCGUCACGUCUUCACUGGUGAAAAAGUGGCAGUCAAGGUGAUUGACAAAACUAAGCUCGACACGGUCGCGACUGGUCACCUGUUCCAGGAGGUCCGUUGUAUGAAACUGGUCCAGCAUCCCAACAUUGUUCGGCUCUACGAGGUCAUCGACACGCAGACAAAACUCUACCUGAUCCUGGAGCUCGGCGAUGGUGGUGACAUGUUUGAUUACAUCAUGAAGCAUGAGGAGGGACUGAAAGAAGAGCUGGCCAAGAAAUAUUUCGCCCAGAUCGUGCACGCCAUCUCUUACUGUCACCGGUUGCAUGUGGUUCACCGUGACCUGAAGCCAGAGAAUGUGGUGUUCUUUGAGAAACAGGGCCUGGUCAAGCUCACCGACUUUGGCUUCAGUAAUAAGUUUCAGCCGGGAAAGAAGUUGACCACCAGCUGUGGCUCGCUGGCUUAUUCUGCCCCUGAGAUCCUGCUGGGAGAUGAGUAUGAUGCACCUGCUGUGGGUAAGUGUGUUUGUAACUCUGGAUAGUAACUCGGUUCAGUAAUUCUUUCAAAAUUAAUAAAUGCUUAUGCACAUUUUAUUUCCUCAUUAUUUUAGUUUCUUGAAAAACAGUUUAAGGAUUAUAGUGAUUUUGUCAUGUUUUAAGGAUGUUGUUUGCCAUAAUGUGCAUAAAGGUUGUUUGAAGAAACCACCAUCACAGUUAUUAUUGUUAAAUAAAACCAUUAAACAUUUUUUUAUUUUAUUUUGCAUAAAAUAAUCAUUAACUGAACUUAAAACUAUAAUAAAUAUAACUUAAAUUGAUUAAAAUGAAAUUAUAUUUUGUUUUCUGCUGGAGCCAGUAAAAUUGUUGAUGACUAAGGCAAGCAGGAUAAAAUCAGAAAUGCACCUCAGACAAAGUUCUGGCAAAUUUUGGGUUACAGACUGACAUCUAAUGAAAAAUAGGGGUGAGAAUCCAUGGGUAUCUCACGAUUCGAUUUGAUUACGAUUCAGAGGCCCACGAUUCGAUUUGUUUACGAUUAAUGAUGCAUCGAUGCAUCACAGU